AUGUAUAAAUGCGGGAUUGGAAAGCUAUCUGGUACAGAGUGCGGUUCAGUUACUGUGAAGGAUACAGUAAUUAACGAAUAUCAAGCGUUAAGUGAUUGUCAGCGCGAUAUUAUGGGUCACUUGGAAAUGUUGAAAAUGCGUGGAGAGGACGUGUUGUCUGAGAAAGAGUUGAUUUUACUGAGAGCAGGUGAGAACAUUUUGAUAUCCCUUACAUCUGUCAUUGAAGGGAUGUUCAUGGUCGACUUAAAUUUGUAUUAGGAGUAUUUUCGGGAACCGCUGAAGUAGACUUCAUGGUGUGUCCGAAACAUCGAGAUACCUUUGGUAUAAAAUGGAGAGGGCGUAAGGAGAUUUGCCAGGUACCGGAGGGGGUCGCAUCUCACCGCUCAAAAAAUCACACGGGUGAUCGCACUAUCAGUAGGAAGCUGUCAGAGGAAAUCUUCAACAGGACUGGAUCACUUAUACCCAUCGGCUCAGGUAUUCAACUGUAUUAUUUUUCUUUAUUAGAAAUGUUGCACUAACUACCGUAUUCACUAACAAAGCCCUUCUCGAAUGUUAUCUUUCUUUAAGCAAUCUGUCGGCAGUGUCGUGAAAAGCUGAACACAAGCAUCACAACACAUCAAAAGAAUUCACAAGAGGUGAGGGAAAAUAGUGAACGUAAUGACUGUAGUUGUUUCCUUAUGGCUGUUAAGCCGACUGAUCCUUCUUUUUUCGUAUUUUGUCCUCUCCUCAACACCUAUAGAGCCGCAGGCAACUAUUGUGUUGGGUAGCCUGUGGCGAUAAGCUAGUAAUGGGGCAGACUCGUACCCAGUCGUUGUGUUAGGCGUGGACAAAUCAAGGGACAGGGCAGAAAAAAACGAGAGAGGGCAUCGCCCUGGCCAAUUUUGUGAAAGAAUAGUUAUAAUGAUAGUGAUUAUGAUAAUGGUACUAAUGAUGAUAACAAUAUAAACAAUAGUAAAAAUUAUUUAUAAAGACAUUACACGUUUCAAGAGAGAAAGAAAUAAGAGGUAAUAGCUUUACUCCUAAAGAAGGGCCUACAAAACGACACCCAAACUUUGUAAAGAAUGCCGAAUGAAGACAGUUGUCGUAUAACCCACGGAAGAGGUUGUUAUGCCAUUGUCUGCUAGCACUUGUGUGAGUUUACAUUAUGUUUUCAUUUUUAACGUAGGCCACUGAGAGCGUUUCUAGAGCCAGUAAGGUAAGCUUCCCAGGAUUUAAUCAAGAAGAGGGAAUAGAAAAGAUUUCACGAGAUCUUGAGCGUUUGGCCUUUAGCCCUGACAGCAGUCUAUUCCAGCCUUCCUCGUCCCAGGAGGAGACGCAGUCCACAACAUCAACACUUGAUGACAGCAUCAGCCAAGCCACGUGUGCGCAAUACCUUAAACCUCCAGAUAACACUGACGAAGGUAAGGUAGCCGCAUUGCAAUGGUUUGUGGAUGAGUGCAGUAUUGGGCCUCUUGGGUCUAUUAUGAAGCGUCCAUGGACUGAUGCCACCUCGAAAACACGUGAAUGCUACAUCCGUAAAGCUAGUACAAUUAUCUCAGAGGUCUUAAAAUUGUAG